UGUGAGAAGAGCUGAAGCAGGCGCUCUUGGCUCGACGCGGCCCGCUGCAAUCCGUGGAGGAACGCGCCGCCGAGCCACCAUCAUGCCUGGGCACUUACAGGAAGGCUUCGGCUGCGUGGUCACCAACCGAUUCGACCAAUUAUUUGACGACGAAUCGGACCCCUUCGAGGUGUUGAAGGCAGCAGAGAACAAGAAAAGAGAAGCAGGUGGGGGCGGCAUUGGGGGCCCUGGGGCCAACAGCCCAGCUCAGGCCGCAGCCCAGACCAACUCCAACGCGGCGGGCAAACAGCUGCGUAAAGAGUCCCAGAAAGACCGCAAAAACCCGCUGCCCCCCAACGUCGGCGUGGUUGACAAGAAGGAGGAGACGCAGCCGCCUGUGGCGCUUAAGAAAGAAGGAAUAAGACGUGUUGGAAGAAGACCUGAUCAGCAACUUCAGGGUGAAGGGAAGAUAAUUGAUAGGAGACCAGAAAGGCGACCACCUCGUGAAAGACGAUUUGAAAAGCCACUUGAAGAAAAGGGUGAAGGAGGAGAAUUUUCAGUUGAUAGACCGAUUAUUGACCGGCCUAUCCGAGGCCGUGGUGGUCUUGGAAGAGGUCGAGGAGGUCGUGGACGUGGAAUGGGCCGUGGAGAUGGCUUUGAUUCUCGUGGCAAACGUGAAUUUGAUAGGCAUAGUGGAAGUGAUAGAUCUGGCCUGAAGCAUGAGGACAAACGUGGAGGUAGCGGAUCUCACAACUGGGGAACUGUCAAAGAUGAAUUAACUGACUUGGAGCAAUCAAAUGUGACUGAGGAAACACCUGAAGGUGAAGAACAUCCAGUUGCGGACACUGAAAAUAAGGAGAAUGAAGUUGAAGAAGUAAAGGAAGAAGGUCCAAAAGAAAUGACUUUGGAUGAGUGGAAGGCUAUUCAAAAUAAGGACUGGGCAAAAGUAGAAUUUAAUAUCCGAAAACCAAAUGAAGGUGCUGAUGGGCAGUGGAAGAAGGGAUUUGUUCUUCAUAAGUCAAAGAGUGAAGAGGCUCAUGCUGAAGAUUCAGUUAUGGAUCACCAUUUCUGGAAGCCAGCAAAUGAUAUAACGUCUCAGCUGGAGAUCAAUUUUGGAGACCUUGGCCGCCCAGGACGUGGCGGCAGGGGAGGGCGAGGUGGCCGUGGACGUGGUGGACGUCCAAACCGUGGCAUCAGGACUGACAAGUCAAGUGCUUCUGCUCCUGAUGUGGAUGACCCAGAGGCAUUCCCAGCUCUGGCUUAACUGGAUGCCAUAAGACAACCCUGGUUCCUUUGUGGACCCUCCUCUUUGAGGCUUGCAUGCUUAAGGAUCCCAAACAACUAAGAAAUUUAA